ACCCGCGUCUGGUUCCGCUGUGCCGAGCUUCGCCCAGCGCUGUCUUGACCCACAGGGCCACGCUGAGGUGUGCGUUUCUCUGCGUUUGGCCUGUGCCCGCGCCCGUGCCCAGGGAUCUCCUCCGGGCCACUUCGCCGCUCCUCCAGGAGCCGCCUUUCUCCGCCGGGCUCCCGCGUCUUACGGCCCACAAUCCCCUCUUCUGCUGAGGAGACGGUUUUGGUGGUGCUGUCCUCCUCCUCCUCCUGCUCUCUCUGGGGUCUUUCUGCUCGUGCUGCUGUCCUCAUAAUCGCCGUGGAGAUUUACACGGCUAUACACGGACUCCGCUUUACCCCUUCCUCUUUCCGUCCGGCUGCUGGGGCACCCCCCCCCCCCCAUUCUCUAUUAAUUUUUCUUGAGAGGAGGGGGGGACAGAGAAGUGGAGAAAGAUGCUGAACCAGGGAGGAGUGAUGAUCUUCACUGGGAUCUGUGGGGCCGUGCUGGUCAUGGCCUUGGGGUACUAUGUCUACUGGUCCAUCAUACUGAGUGAAGGACCGUGUAAACGAGGCCUUUAAAGGGACAGCGCCGAGGUCGUACGGAGACAGGGGCUCUAUCAUGGGUCUCUUGACGUACCUCAAGUCCCUCUUCAUACUGCAGCUGCUCGUCGGCUUCGUCUUCGUCGUCAGUGGCCUCAUCAUCAACUUCAUCCAGCUGUGCACCUGCGUCAUCUGGCCCUUCAACAAGCAGCUCUACCGCAGAAUCAACUGCAGGCUGUCCUACUCCCUAUGGAGCCAGCUGGUGAUGCUGUUAGAAUGGUGGUCGUGUACAGACUGCACGCUCUACACUGACCAGGCCACAGUGGACAAGUUCGGCACGGAGCACGUCAUCAUCAUCCUCAACCACAACUAUGAGAUCGACUUCCUCUGCGGCUGGACCAUGUGUGAGCGCUACGGCGUGCUGGGGAGCUCCAAAGUCCUGGCGAAACAUGAGUUGCUGAAGGUUCCUCUGAUUGGCUGGACCUGGUAUUUCCUGGAGAUUGUUUUCUGUAAGAGGAAGUGGGAAGAGGACAGAGAAACCGUCUUCAAGGGGCUGGAGAGGCUCAAAGAUUACCCAGAGUACAUGUGGUUCCUGCUCUACUGUGAAGGCACGCGGUUCACAGAGAAGAAGCACCAGAUCAGCAUGCAGGUAGCAGAGAGCAAAGGCCUCCCCAAACUCAAAUACCACCUACUGCCCCGAACCAAGGGCUUCACCACCACUCUGCAGUGCCUGAAGGGAACGGUAACGGCAGUGUAUGACGUGACGCUGAAUUUUAAAGAUAAGAAGAUCCCCACACUGCUGGGGAUUGUCAGUGGGAAGAAGUACAAGGCGGACAUGAGUGUCAGGAGGUUCUCUGUAGCGGAUAUUCCAGAUGAUGAGAAGGAGUGUGCUGCCUGGCUUCACAAGCUCUAUCAGGAAAAAGAUGCUCUGCAGGAGCACUAUGAGAAGGAGGGCUGUUACCCUGGGCCCACUAUCAUCCCUCCACGCCGGCCGUGGACGCUGCUCAACUUCCUGUUCUGGGCCACCCUGCUGCUCUCCCCCCUCGUCAGCUUCGCCUGGGGGGUCUUCAUCAGCGGCUCCCCUCUCCUGAUCAUCGGCUUCCUCCUCUUCGCCAUCGGAGCGUCCGUGGCGGUGCGCCGUCUGAUCGGUGUUACGGAGGUGAAGAAGACAGGCUCCAGCUACGGCGACCCCGAGACCAAGAAGCAGAAAUAGACGCCUCGCGGCGCUACCGUGCGCCGCGGUCGCCGUACGGUAACCGUACAGUAACCGUACAGUCACCACGUCCGGUCACGGCCCUGUUUUUAUUCUUAGAACACAAGGAAGAACGCUGACAUGGGGAGCUAACAAUAAUAUUUAAUGACCAGAUUAAUAAUUAAUUACAGUGAUUGCGUCUGACUUCAAAAUUGGAAAAAAAAGAAAAAAACAACAACUAAUGAAUGAGAAAAAUAAAACAAAAGGGACUGUGAAUCGUUUCUCCAUCAUGACGUCCAAACGGGAGGCUGCUCCUGGACCUACCGACCAACCGACCUACGCUGGGGGGGGGGCUGGCGUUCCCUUCGCCCCCAAGCUCAGGGUUACCUGCGGUCCCUGGACACCGACGCACAGUCCCCCCCCUUGAAUUUCAGCACUGCACUUCCUGUUCAUGUCCCAUUCCCAGGCCCAGCCCAGUGAGAAACCCCGCUGUAUCUCUCUCCUCUCUAGAGCGGACCCAACUCCAACUCUAUCCCCCCUUUCUCUCUUUCUCUCUUGGGGAGUGUCUACAUGAGGUAUAGGAGGGUGUGGAGGUUUUUUAGGUACUGAAUGAAACCAGUAUCCAGGCCCCAAUCUGGUUUACUUUAGUUCUUUGAACCCCAGUAGACCCAGUGUAAUAAGACCCACUACUCUACAUGCUAAUCUUGCCCCGCUAAAGAGUUCCAGCGCUACACAGCUCCACGCUCAUCAGUAUUCAUGAGCUGGCAGGCUCGUGAUGCAUUGGGACAGAGUGAUUUCCAGUUAUAGUGAGUCUAAACACACAAUGAUUUGGCUCACAGCUGAAAACAGAGUGGAGGAGUUGCUGCUGCGCUGUUAUCCCACUGUACCUGCCUCUGCUAGACUUCUUUAAGGGGAAAUGCACACACACACAUUGAAGUUUAAAUGUAGAGUGUCAGUUACAUCUGUUACAAGUGAAGGGUCUCUGCUAAGGAUCUGCUGGUGCUGUGUAUCUUUAUUGCACAGUUCUCGCAACUUCACUUCCUGUGUCCUGUUCUGCGCGUAUGUUACUGUAUUGUUCUUAUUUUUAAUUUUAUUUUGUAUUUUGUUUGUUUUUUUGUGGUGAGGGCGAAUGAGUGUGUCUGUAAUUGGAUGUCCAGUAAGGGAAGAAAACAGCUGUGAGCCCACCCUCAGUACUACGGCCCUGUCAAUCACGUGGCUGUCUGCUGCUUUCAGUUGAUUUAUUCAGUGGCAGCUUGAUCUCUGAUGAUCACUUUAAGGCAGAUCAGCUCAAACCCUGAAGCUCAGGCUGGCCAAUUCCAUUAAUGCAAAGUACAAACGUGUGCUAAACCAAUUUUUCCCCUGCCCAUUGCACAGAGCGAGGCCCAUCCCAAUCCCCUCUAUUUGCCCCAUGAAAUACGUGCUGUUGAGGAAGGCUGAGUGUGCUCUGUGCUGUUGGAGAGCGUCCAGAGGGAACAGAGGUCACGGUGGAGCAGCGUGGUCAUUGUCCAUGUGACUGUCCACUCGGCCAAGAAAGCAAGGCAAGAGAGAGGAAAUCCACUCCUCUCUUAUGUGCAUGAGGACGCCACGGCCUGCCGCAUCUGCCGGGGGGGCGGGGUUGGGGUUGGGGGGUUCAUUAACAUGUGGCACACACUCGUUUGUUCUCCUGGGUCAGAUGUACAUAUACAGUUAGUGUGCUGAGGAGUAGAUACAUUUUAAUGCAUGGCUUAUGCACUACUUGCCACAGUUAAUGUUUUGCUGACUGGAGGCACAUCACAUGACAAACUGCUGAUUUCUCUGCCAUGGGUAGAGGGGGUGGGGCGAUGAGAUGAUUGCCCCUCCCUCUACCUGUGUGUUUUUUUUGCUGCAAGCGUAGAAGACAGUGCCACCUAGCUGCAGGCACUGGGAGCCCACUCCUGCUUUCUCUUGUUUUUAAUCAUUUUUACUCUCAUUGAAUUAAUAUGAAUUUCAAUUCCCCAACAGCUGAGAUGUGACUGGCGCUGUUUUUCUGGCCUUCUCAGUGUUAAGAACACCUGCAGUGUGCAGAAAUUUAUCACGUAUAGAAAACUCUGCAUCAGGAGGCAGAGUACUGUGUCAAGUCCUACAUACCCCCUGCCCCAGUGCAUGCUGGGUAUGACACUCCACCCUCCUAAUCCGAUGCCACGCUACACUCUAGGGGGGGUGUGCCUCUUGGCUUGUGUUCUGUUUUCUGAUUGUGUGCAUCACCAGUCACGGGGAGGCUGGUAGAUAAUGGACUAAUUUGGGCCACCCCUUGAUAAAUAAAAAGCUGCUGCAGAAUGAACUGCAAGCAGAGCAGUUCAUGUGCGAUUUACACCCCUGCUCCCUUAUCUCCCACCAACAACAAUUUUAUGACUGAGCAGUAUGUGAAUGAUGUUUGUUUUAAUCAAAAUCCAGAUGUGAAAUUGGGUUCUCCCCUCUCUCUGUGUGCUGUGAAUUCUCAUGUGAUUCUCUUGUAAUGUUUCAUAAUGUUUAAUUGUGUUCUCACCAUAGCAGCAGUAAGAGAAUGUUGUAUGCUUGUUAGGGUGUGUGAAACAGGUGUUAAACUGUCACUCACGGAUACUGUUGGGCAUUAUUGUUGUAUGUUGGGACAACGGCAUUCAUAUUAUCCUGAUAUGAUUAGGCACUGACUUUUGUUUUUGUUUGAAGUAUAAAUGUUUUUCAGGGGGUUGCAAGCCUGAAGGAGGAGUGCAGUUUUGGUGUUUUGUUAGCGAACGUGUGAACACUUCAUUAGUGGUUGGCAUGUGAGCAGGAAUUAACAUAAUGUGCUGGGAACAAAGGCUUGCAUCCUUCUGUUUACAAAGAAGUACUACAGAGAGGGAGUCCACUCACUCAUUUUUUAAAAACGUUGCUAUGUGAAGAAUGAAGUUUAAAGGUUAACGGAAACUGUGGAAGAGUGGAGUGUCUUGAGUCAAUCCCUAGACUUAAGUGACUCCCAGCACCUGCUGCAUCUCGUGGCUGCUCUGAUCCAUUUUAUGCAUUUCAAUUACCACUAGAUUACAGAUUACCAAAUUCAGAGAUGCAGUAUUUUGUUAGAACAAAAAGGAUUUAAUUUUGGCUGAUAUUUUGUACAUUUCCCAUCAAGAACUUCAGCAGUCCACCACUCAAACUCCCUCAGGUGUCUGUACAGUCUUUAGUUAACAAAGUUACAGAACCAAGGCAGAGUAAAAGCAAAAGAAUAGAGCUUGCAUAACUUUAAUCUUUCUUACACUGGAAGUUUUUAUUGAAAGUUCACAAUUAUGUAGAUUUUUUGUUCAUAUUUUCUUUUUGAAUUAAAAAAUAAAUAAAUGAAAGCUUUAUUGAAAUUAA